CUUCCUCGACGUGCCGCUUAUUCUUUGUCUUCUAGAAGGAUAAUAGCUACAUUAUCCCAGCAGGAAACCAAGGAACCUGUGGACCAAGAGAUCAAUACAACGAACAUGGAAAAAGAGACACAAGUUACAAAUCAGCAGGAUCCCUCGCCCACUGAUGCCACGCUUCAGCUCACCUGCAUUAAAGAAGAAUCAUUGAAAAUGAUCAAAGAACUUGAGGAAAAAAUGAGUAAAAUGGACAAGGUUUUAGCUGUUCGCAGAGAGCAAGUGCAUGAAUCUUUUCAGAACUUACAUCAUCUCCUGGAAAAAGAGGAAAGGAUGUGUUUGGCCAAAUCCCACGAGUUGGAAGAGAAAGCCAUGCUAGAUUUAGAAAAAGUAGUCUUAAAUCUGACAGAUUUGUCAACCGUGAUCAGUAACUUGCUGAAGAAAUUGAAAAGAAAGAAUACUAACAUAAAAUUAAUGGAAAAGGUGGAGUUCUUCAGUUUACAGUUAGAAGCAAUAUCUGAUGCUGACAAGGUGCUAGACGGAUAUCUCUCUCCCUUUCAGCUCCGGGAAUGGAGGGGGAUGAGGCACCUGGUUAAACCAGUCCCAGAGCCUCUGCAGUUUGAUCCAGAGAGCGCACACCCGAGCCUGACCGUGUCCCCCGAUCUCCGGCAAGUCAGCUUCCAGGCGCGUCCUCUAACAUUGAAGCAAAGCAAGCGCAGCUUUGACCCAGGGCUUUACAUACUAGGGACGCCAGGAUUCCAGUCUGGACGGCAUUACUGGGAGGUGCAUGUGGGCAACAGGAGCAACUGGAUCAUCGGCGUUGUGAGAGAGUCGGUUCAGCGUAAGGGGGUGCAGGAACUCAGCUCGUUGAAUGGCUUCUGGGUUCUGCGAAAGCAGCAAGACGACAGGUUCUAUGGCAUCGGGCUUUCCCCUGUGAGUCUGGAUCUGACGACAUCACCAAUGAGAAUCGGGGUAUGCCUCGAUUUCUUCACCGGUCACUUGGCAUUUUACGACACUGACACCACGGCACUGAUCUUUGAGUUAUCUAAUUGCGCCGUGAAGGAGAAAAUGUUUGCCUUUUUCUGCCCUGGAAUCCCCGUGAAUGAAGAAGACUGGUGCCCGCUAAUUCUUUGCACUUAAAAGGGGGCAAGAUGUCACUGACAGGACUUCCAGGACAUCUGAUGUAUCCGUUCCAUAACACUACGUCUCACAAUUCAGUACACAAUAUAAAUCUCUUCUUCUUCAAUCCUGAUCGAACUCCGCUGCUUUAUUAUAGAUGUUAUUUAUGAAGAGAUAAA